GAUGCGCUGUGCUUUGCGUCGAGCUUACUGCCUCUCAAGGAGUUCACUUUUGCAGUUUGCAUUCCAGCCCAGGGUUCUGAAAAUAGGGGUCUAGCAGGGCUAUGGAGGGCAGUGGCAGUGGCUGGAUUGGAAGUAUAUUCCCGCCUGUGACAACGGAAACAACGGAGGCACGCAGCUACGAGGUGGCAGUCCUGAACGACCCGGCCAAUCACAGCUCCCAGUUUGCCGACGUGGCUCUCCUGCAGAGCUUCAAGCCCCUCAUCAUCCCCUGCUACGUGCUGGUGGUGGCAGUGGGCGUGUUUGGCAACUACAUGCUGCUGUACGUCAUCUGCCGCACGCGCAAGAUGCACAACGUCACCAACUUUUUCAUCGGCAACCUGGCCUUCUCCGACAUGCUGAUGUGCGUGACCUGUGUUCCCUUCACGCUAGCGUACGCCUUCAGCCCUCACGGCUGGGUGUUUGGACGCUUCAUGUGCUACCUGGUGUUCCUCAUCCAGCCGGUCACCGUCUACGUGUCUGUCUUCACCCUCACGGCUAUUGCUGUGGACAGGUAUUACGCCACAGUUCACCCUCUGAAGAAGCGGACCUCCGUAGCCACCUGUGGCUACGUCCUCACGGGGAUAUGGCUCCUGUCCUGUGGCUUGGUGGCUCCGGCCGUGGCCCACACCUACCAUGUGGAGUUCAGAGAGGAGGGCCUCACCAUCUGUGAAGAAUUCUGGCUGGGCCAAGAGAAGGAGAGACUGGUCUAUGCCUACAGCACCCUGCUCGUCACCUACGUCCUCCCCCUGUCGGCCCUGUGCGUCUCAUACCUCUGCAUCUCCGUGAAGCUGCGGAACUGCGUGGCGCCGGGGCAUCGGACCCGGGACCAGGUGGAGGCCCAGAGAGCCCGAAAGCGGAAGAUCUUUCGCCUGGUGGCACUGGUGGUGGCGGCGUUCGGCGUGUGCUGGCUCCCCAUCCACGUGUUUAACGUCCUGCGGGACAUCGACAUCCGCCUCAUCAACAAGCGCCAUUUCCUCCUCAUCCAGCUGCUGUGCCACCUGUGUGCCAUGAGCUCGUCCUGCUGUAACCCCUUCCUCUACGCCUGGCUGCACGACCGCUUCCGCGCCGAGCUACGGAAGAUGUUCACCUGCCACCGCCGCAUUGGCAUCCCUGCCAACCACUGUGCUACUGCCAGUGUGGUCCUGUGACUGGGCAGAGUUGGCAUGGGAGAUAGAGAGACAGGACAGAAAGGGGACGUCUGAUUGGCUGUAGCUCAGUCAAUGUCAUACUCUUUUCUUCGGGAACUAAUAUGACUGAUUUUUUGGGCUACAAGGCAGGUUUCCACUUAAAACAUUUAACAGUGACAUAGAUUAACAUACCUGUUAAACUGUUACAUACAAAGCAGGUACAAGUCAGGUUGUCCAUUUUAAGAUUAAAAACUAUAUUUAGAU